AUGCUGCAGUCUCUGUGGAAAAGCCUCUCCUCCUGGGGAGACCUUCCUGCCAGCUUCCCCUACACAUUGGGUUCCCCAGUGCCAUACAGCUUUGAGCUCCCCGGCGGGUUCGUGCAGUUCAACGCCACCAACACCACUGCCAAAGCUUCCGCCGCCGUUCCCUCAUCGUCAGCAGAUGGCCAAGCGCGCCACUCUCCAACUCUAGCGGCCUUGUUGAACCCUAGCAAUGCCCAACAAGUCUCCGUCUUCGCGCUCAAGAGAGACAAGCAGCAGCAGCAGCAGACUGCCCUCUCUCCCUCCCGUGGCACAGUGUCGCAGGCCUCUUUCGACCAGGCGAGGAAUCACCUCGCCAAGUGCAAGACGCUUCUGCAUCCCAACCUGCUCAAGGUUCUUGGGACUUACGAAACAAAGAACGCACUGUACGUUGUGACUGAGUGCUGUUUCGCCCUUCCCUACGUCCUGUACCUCAGCCAGCAGCGGCAGAAGGAGCAGGAGCUGGAGGCGAAGCGACCGGCUUCACUGCCUCAGCAGCAGUGCUCCGCUGAUCCUCCUCCAGCAUCUUCUUCAUCAGCAACGGCUGCCGAAGCGGUGGAAAGUCUGCGCACUUCCGCGGCUGCAGCUGCGGCUGCAGCGAGCGCUUCCUGCUGGAACCUCCUUGAGCUGCUGCAAGGACUCUCCUUUUUGCACGAUCAGUGCAAAUUAGCGCAUGGAGAGGUCUCGCCCUUCUCUGUCUUCGUCACACCCCACGGGAAGUGGAAGCUGAGCUGCCUAGGACUGUCUCGUCCCUUCGAAAAAGUGCACUGGCCAUUGUUUUACUCCGAAAUUCUCGCCAGCGCCAGCGUGGCGCAGGGCUGGGAGCCGCCGAGGCCUGAUGCAGACGCUCGGCCAGAUGUCGUCGACAGAUGGGGUUUAUGCGCGGUUUUUGCAUGGUGGCUAGACAGCCGACGCGAUCCGUACAGCGCCGGCCGCUAUCUCCACGGGAACGCCUCGACUGUAGCCGCUUCUUCUGCAGUUCGCGGGGUGUCUAUUCGCUUGAACGAGGCCUUUUUGCGGCAGGCUAUGCAGAGAAUUUCUGGCCCUCUGCAGCGGUUAAUGCAGCAGCUCCUGUGCGUCACUCAUGCGGCUCCCCCCCUCGUCAAACUUGCCGAGGGAAACAACCCAUGUUUUGCAGGAGACGCUUGCUGCCAGUUGCUUUUGUUUAUUCGUUCGUUCCCCAUGAAGAGCCAUGUCGACAAGGAGUCUUUCUUCGAGCAGCAGUUACCUGCGGCGCUGCAGCAACAGCAGCCGCAGCGGGUGUCUCCCGCCCUAGCUCUUCAUUUGCUGCUGCCUGAGCUCGCAUUGCUGCUGAUGAACAACAGCGCCAACAGCUACCACUGCAGCAUUCUCAAGUGUGUCUUCGGGAUUGUCGCACCGCUCAGCAGCAGCAGCAACAAGGACAAAGACAAUGCAUUGCCUCUCCUUCUGUUUGCGGAAGUGUUGGCGCAUGCUUUCAACAGCUCAGACCGAGCGAUUCGCUUUAUGUUGCUGUCGCAACUGGCGGCAGUUCAAAGCUUGCUGCCCGACUCUUUUUUCCUUCAAACGUGGUCGCAACUAACGUUGGGAGUUGAAGACUCAGCACCCCCCAUCAGGGCGCUCACCACUCGCGCGCUGCCGCUUUACGCUGCUCGAACGCCUGUGGAUGGUCCCCCGAAUACUGCUCUCUUUGGUAUACUGGAGCAACGCAUGCGAGACGUGUCGGGGGGCGUUCGUCUCGAAGCUGUUGCUGCAGCAGCGACUGCGGCAGCAAGAGCCAUGAGCAGUAGAAGCGCAUGCAACUGCCCUCCAGAGUUGGUGGCGAUUCUUGGUGCUGCUCUGAAAGAUCCGGAGGACGCCGUUAGGCUUGCAGGAUUAGAGGCAAGCGUCCAUAGUGGGGAGCUGCUGCCGCUCCCGGAUUUGGUAGGACUGCUUAGUGCAGCUGCAUUUUGUUUUCUUUCGCCAUCUUCCGCAGUUGUUGCAGCCGCGCCAACCUGUUUGCAUGCGCUGACAGAGGCAGCGAAGGCGAAGACAGCUGAG